ACAAAUAGGGGCUUGUGGCACCAUUCGUCCUAACAUAAUCAGUUUCCCCAAGACCAAGGUAAACAACAUGACAAAGACAGCAGAGAGGGGACCAUACGUUGGAUCAGGACUGACAAGCUGCUUUUUGUGAAAUGGAAGGACACUAGGGAAUUAACCAUGCUCACCACACAACAUGAGGUAUUCAAUAACUACCAAUGUCUCAAGGAGGGUGAAAAGUGCCAAUGGGGCAUGGGGGAGGAAGAAUGUCCCUAUUCCUGUUUCUGUGAAGGACUACAAUGCCAGCAUGGAGGGUGUUGACCUAUCUGAUGCUCUGAUAGGCUACUACCAGGUCCUCCACAAGACCAGGAAGUGGUAUAAGACUUUUUUCUUACCACUUUGUGGACAUUGCUACAGUAAAUUUUUUCAUUCUCCACAAGCAGAUGGCCAAAGCAAAAGGUCAAACCCCUCUCUCCCAGUUGGCCUUCAGAGAGCAGCUGGUGUUGGAAAUUGCUGAAUUAUGGGCCCAGAGCAACCUCACAACCAUCACAAGACCCCCCACUCAAGAUCCCAUCAUCCGCAAACAAUGAUCUCCAAAUUUCAGGUCUCACCUGGGAGAAUACAUCAUCAAUCAUAAUGGAGAACAAAAAAGGACUAAUGACACUUCCCUGGGGGGUACCAUUAUCUACCUCAUAGCUUUCUGACAUAGAGAUCCCCACCCUGACUUGUAUUGAUUGCCCAAAAAGAAAAUCCUUUAUCCAGUUAAAAACCCUUCCUACAACCCCCAUGUUAUCCAGCUUGAUAAGUAGGCCUUCCUUCCACAUCAUAUCAUAAGCCUUCUCUACAUCAAAGAAAACGCCUCCCACCACCUCUUUAUUUGCCUGUGUCUUCCGUAUGACUGACUCAAGGCACAGUACAGGAUCUAUCAUUCCCCUGCCUUUCCUGAACCCACUUUGAUCUGGUGACAUUAGUCCUCUACUCUCUAGAACGAAUCACCUGCCUUCAUCUGACUUGAGAUCAACCUGAGAUGGCUCCUGUUCACUCAACUCCUCAUCAUCACUACUCUCCUCUGACAAGUCCUGCGAAGGCUCCACAGUCUUGGAUUAAUUUCCAAAUAGGCUUUCUUUCUCCAACGACUCAUGGCGGAGGAUAAGCACAGAUAGAACAAUGAGACCGAUAUUUGGUUGGCGUUUCCACUUACUACCAAAUAUGGUGGUGAGAGGAAGCACAGUGGUCGGCAGUGGGGCAAGAUAGAUUUUGGCCGACAUUCGGCUAAUUUUGUAAUCGAUUAAUCAUUUGAUCUCAGUACAGUUUUCUGUUUCCAAAACUAGAAUAUGUUACCAACAGAGUGGACUACGUUUUUUAGACUUUACCCUUUGCCAAUUUUUUAAAAGAUUGCGUUGUUUGAAAGGACUGCAAGGGCAAAUUGAGUUAUUGCACAUGCGUACUUCAUAGAGUAGGCGUUUCCCAACGGAAAUAUGCAAAUAUAUGCUAGAACGCACCAAUAGGCUCUCGCUAUCUCGUGCUUGGCUCUGCCCACCUUGCUUAUUCUGCCCACUCUGAAUUAAUUUUCUCCCAUUGGAAAUGACAGGCUGUGGUCUAUCUUGGGUUAGUUAUAAAAAAUCUUUGGUUUAAGUGCCUUCAAAAAUAUGCCAUUCAUAUUUAUCUCUAUAGGCACUAAAGCGGCCAGAUCGUACACUUCCGGAAACACCAGGAUGUUCUUCUGUCCAGGAAAAGCGUGAAAAUAUCUACAACCUGUGCGAACAACGCAACGUGUAGCUAUUUAGGAUUUUAAAGGCGUUCCAGUUAAUCAGCGAGAUGCUUUGGAGUGUAUGGUAGCUGUUUACAUUGCCCUUAUCCUCGCUCUUUUGGUCACGUUUGUGUAUGUUGCACUAACUCGCUGUAUUAUUGAAGCUUGUUGGCUGCGUCACCAUCGCUGCCUGGAUUGGUCACGGGGCCCUGGAGAAGGAGUGGCCUGAGGUCAAACCCUAAAGCACCAGAGCCUGGUCAUGAUGGACCAUAAGAGAGCACUCACCAUUUCACUGGCCGUUGACAAGGUGGAUAACUCUCAAAUGGGAAGUCCACUAAAAAUUCCCAAGAUCCUUCUUUCUUCAGAGUUGAGAUGUGGGAAUGAAGAGUCACAGAUUCACUGGACCCAGAUUGCUGGAAACGGAAUCAAACUCCAAAAGUCUUGUCAGCAGAAUGGAUCCAUCUCUUUGGAUCACGGCCAAGCGGCUUUAGCCCAAGCGGCAAUGAACUGCACGCAGCUCCAGUUGGUCCUCACGGAUGUCCUGAAGACGGAACAGGGGCAGGCCUACCUAGACAGGAAGAUGCGUGGCAAGAUGACAGGAACUGGAGAGAGGAAGAGAGAGUCACCGAUGGGGAGCGGGCAAAGGAGGGUGUCUCAGAGUAGCAGAGAGGGGAGGGAGGAUUGUAGAGAUUUUAUAGCACACAGAAAGAGACCCCAUGACCACCCCACUCCCACCUCGACCCCGACCCGCAAGGAGAGGAGGUCACACCACAGAAGGGGGUCAGAGGAAGACGAGGAGGUGAAGGAACUUUUAAUAGGAGAGGAAAACAUCAAAGACCAGAGAUGCAACAGUAGUGUGUCAGGGAGGCACAGUUCACGGGAACCCCUGGAGGAGGUGACCUUUACUGAGGGGGACAUGCACCAGGAAAAGCCUUACCCACAAUCCACCAGGACUAGGAAGGCAGAUUCAGGUUCAAGCGAAUCCACACAUGUUGAGAGGGAGAGUUGGAGGAGGGAGUCUGGGCUCUACAGUAAUGGACAGGUGAAGGAUGGAGGGAUGAAUGAUGGAGUGGCAGAGGGCUUGACCACAGACGCCUCCAGGAGCUCCAGAGGGAGCGUGCUGCACCUCUCCAGGGAGGCCAGAGGCGGGGGAGGACUGCCCCCCAAACAGCUGUGUCUGGGGGGGACGGGGGGCAUAGACACUAAUGUAGCAUCCAUAGAAGUAGAGGUGGACCCCUCAAACUUUGACGGGACCCCGAUGGUAGUCACUGUGGGGGAAGACAGGGAAGUUGCCAUCUCCUCUAACCCCAGCUGUGGAGGGGUUAAUGAGAGGAGAGGAACCCUGUCCUCCAGCCAGGAUAGGACGCCCAAACUCAGUCCUGUUGAACCCAUCGUUCUCUCCAGUGAUGAGGAGGUAGUCACCCCGUCCCACAGUUCAGUCCUUUGGCCACAGACUAGUGAGUGUGAGUCCCAGAGAAACCAUGCUCAGGAAGACAACGUGGUGGAAGAGACGGACUUUCAGGUGAUGCCUGUGGUGGUGACAGGGUUUGGGGUGGCCAGUUUCCCCAGCACUGAGGACUCUGAGGGUAUGGUCCUACCCUUCUCUGCCCUGCACUGUGGGGGGGUCCGAGGGGAGUCCAGCGGAAACCUCAUGAUCACAAACCACAGAAUCAUCAUACCAAUUAAAGGCCAGGUAGAUGUGAUGGUGACUGUGGAGCGCUGUCAGCUGUGGAAGUACAGCAUCUGGGACAGGGAGGAGCUACAGGAGAGAGGGCUGGGGUGUGAGGUCAAGGGAGAGAUGGGGCAGCCUCCCCCCGCCCUCCUCCUCCUCUACGUGUCAGAGGCCCAGGCAGUCGCCGUUCAAGAAGACCUGAGGGAGCUGUCAAUCAAACAGGCCUUAGAACCACCCACUGGCCAGGCCAGUCCCUUCCUCCUGCUGACUCUGCAUGCCCCUCUGGAGGGGGUGGAAGGGGCUCUACUUCGCUCCAUCCUCGACAUCAUCUGUCUCAACAACGUCGACGCUGCAUGUCUCUGGGGGAACGCUCCCAUCAACGAGGCGGUGGUCCUCCACAGUCCCCUCCUGUCAUUGGAUGACAGUCUGGCGCUGAUCGGUAGAACCGGACUAGACCAUCAGCUGCUCUCCCUACUGGGACAGAACAAUGCCGAGCCUGUCACAGAACCCGACCAAGACAGAGACACACCUGGGCCAAAUCUGGACACUGUGGAGGGAGAGUCACAGACACCACCGGAGACAGAGGUACAGGCAGAGGAGGAGGAGCAGAGGGAGGCAGAGAGCGUACCCCUCGCUGAGGAGAGUCCAGUCCAGCCCAGACCCGUGUACACAGUGUGUCACAGCAGAACCAGAGGCUCCUACUCUGUGUUCUUGGGCCCGAAGCCAGGCUCCAACUGGACCCGAUACAAGCACCAGGGCCCCACACGCAGGUUGAUCCAGUUUCCUCCACCGCCUUCCAAAGGAGGGAUCGCCGUGACAACAGAAGAUCUGGAGUGCCUUGACAACGGCCAGUUUCUGAAUGAUGUCAUCAUCGACUUCUACCUCAAGUAUCUGCUUCUGGAGAGGGUUCCGCAGGAUGUGGCUGAUCGCGCUCACGUCUUCAGCAGCUUCUUCUACAAGCAGCUCACUCGCCGAGACAAUGCCAGUGAGGACAGUACCAGCGUCUCAGCGCAGCGGAGGCGGCAUCAGCGGGUGAAGACAUGGACACGACAUGUGGACAUCUUCCAGAAAGACUUCCUGUUUGUGCCUGUCAAUCAGGAAGCCCACUGGUACCUGGUGGUGAUCUGCUUCCCUGGCCUGGAGGAGCCUCAGUGUGAGGAGGGGAGCAGCCCAGCCUCGCUGAGAGGAACAGGGGGAGAGAAGCCAGACGAGGCCCAGGCUGAAGAGGAGGCCUCUGGGUCCAAAAAGCUAAAUGGCAUCAGUGAAGUCACCCCUGAAUCAAUUAGCACUGACAACCAGGACAAACUGACAGUUACAGUUUCAAAUGUUGUGGUACAGAGUGAAUCAGUACUCCAGCCACCUCCUGGACCUCUGGACUGCACUGAGAAGACCUGUCACAGAGAGACCAUCUGUAAACGACCCUGUAUUCUCAUCAUGAACUCCCUCAAGUUUUCCCUCCAUGAGCGCAUCUUCAAACUCUUACGGGAGUACCUGCAGUCGGAGUGGGAGCUGCGUCGGGGCUCUGUGCGCGAGUUCAGUUCUGAGCAGAUGCGAGGCUCCCACUGUAAGGUCCCCCUACAGGACAACAGCAGCGACUGCGGCCUCUACCUGCUGCAGUACGUGGAGAGCUUCCUGCAGGACCCUGUGGUGCACUUUGAACUCCCCCUGUGCCUAGAACGCUGGUUCCCACGGCAACAGGUGAGGAGGAAACGAGACGAGAUCAGGGACCUGGUGCUACACCUGUACAGACACCAGAGGGGCACGGUGGGGAGUAUAGGAAAUGUAGUCAGCUAGGGCAUGGGGGGUAAUAUUAUGGCUGUGACCAUAUCAGUAUCGCAAUGUUUUUUCCAUGGCAAAAAUGAAAACACGAAGCAGACCAAACACUUUGGUCCUUUAAAAACCUGCUGUAUGUAAAAUAUUGUGUGCUAUAGCUUGGAAAAUAAAUAAAUGUGACUCUGGGUGACAACAUGAGGAUGUUUGUUUCCAACAUUAGGACUGUUUUCCUGAAGAAGUUAAAUCUGCUUUGUGUUUUGUUUCUUUGACAUGAUACUAACGAGUGUUGCGGUACUGGUAUUAUCUUGGCCCUAGGUAGUAUAGGAAACAUGGGAAAUGUAGUCGGGCACAAGUGGGUAGUAUAGGAAACAUGGGAAAUGUAGUCGGGCACAAGUGGGUAGUAUAGGAAACAUGGGAAAUGUAGUCGGGCACAAGUGGGUAGUAUAGGAAACAUGGGAAAUGUAGUCGGGCACAAGUGGGUAGUAUAGGUAACAUGGGAAAUGUAGUCGGGCACGGUAAGCACCUUGGCUGCAUUCCAAACACUUAACAGACACACCCUCUCCCCUCAGCCCUCAAAUUAAGUGGACACUUCUGAUGACGGGUCAUGACGUCUGGCAGGGCAAGGGAGGAAGGAAUGAUUUUUAAAUGGAGCGCCCUUGCCCGGAAGUUUGUCACUCGUUUGUCCCACAACAAUUGUGUUUUUAGCCACCAGUGGCUUGUGGGUGCUUUAUAUGAGCUACAGUCAAUUCUGAUUUUAUGUCUACUUAUAUUAACUAUAUAAUUAUUCAUAUACGUCUACUGUAUGAUAGCUAGCAAACUAAUUAGCUAACUAAGGUUAGCCUGCCAAGCUGGAACUUCUGAACUUUUUAUUUCUACAAUUUCCAAAAACUAACCAAACAAAAGCAUCAUUACUUUUAUGAGACGUGUUUGUGCAUUAGUAGCACAAUUUCUAACUUAUUUACAUUCGUUUUUACUCACACUUGUAUGUUGACUUCUCCAUAUUGACGUUGAGGUUUUAAGUUUUGGCUGAGUUUUCUUAGCGGAAGUGCAAUCAUCGCAAAUUGAAUUAUGGGGCAUUACAGGCCCGAAGUGAACAUAAUAGUACACUUGCAAACUCAAUUAAAAACAAGGGCUGAUGGGGCUUACGUUUUGAACUUCCCUUGUUUGGCUAAUCGUUUGGAGUGAAGGCCAAGAUGGUGACGGGGAUUCCCCCGAGGGCAUAAGACAAGGGUAAGUGGAGGAAGGUGUUUCUUUUGUGAGUUUGAAACGCAGCCCUUGAGAUUCUGCUCAUGCUGAGCAACCAGUACAUUUACAUUUCAGCCUGAUAUAUUAAAAUAUUAUUUAAGCUUUUGUAGUUGUAUCACUGGCCAGCUGGCCACCAUUCAAAUUACAUGCAGAUGUCUCAUGUCAACCUGUAAAUUGUCACUAACGUCAAAGGCUGUUGCAUUAAUGAUUUAAAUCUCUCCGGGGAUGAAUAUGAAGGACUUCCUGCAGCAGCUGUAGAGUGUCUCUUUCGGUGCUUGUUUUAAGCUGAGGCAUUAAACGGGUCUUCCACUGAAAUUCAACAGUUUAAACAGGUUCUUCUUUACUUUUUCAGUGUAACAUCUCUUUAGAAAGUCUGUCCCCUCUGCACCUUAUAGAUGGGCCCUACAUCCCACCACUAUAGCCUCGUUUAACAUGAGAUCAGACUGAACAGUCUUGCAUUUAUUAUUUCACCUGUGUUGUACUAUUUAUUUCUCCCCUAGGUGAUUUUAUUGUAACUUAUGUCAGUUAGAUUUUUACAUGUGGAUUUUGUUUCUAAAAUGUACAUUUUGAUGAAAUGUGUUUUGAAUAUAAAAUGUAAUAAAUACAUUUGUAGUCUGAAUUACA